AUUCAUUGAUAUUUCUAUGUCAGAGCCAGAAAACAUGUAAUCAUGCUCUGAUGUAGGUAAAUCGAAUAAACGUGAGUAGAAAGUUUAAAUAUCACGUAAUGUGUGAAUAAUAAUUUUCUAUAAAUAGGUUAAGUCAACGUUAUGUUUUCAAGUCAACUCGUUGAAAAUUAAGCUGCAUAUUUACGUUGAAAGUGUUGUUCAAUUCACUCACUAUUUGCAUAAUAUUAUCAAAAAAAUGAGUAACUAUUGGAUAGAAGGCAAUAUUAUUAAAACACAGGAUGUUAAUUUUACCGCCGAUCACUUGGGUGGAAUAGGAAAUGUAUUUUUUCAACGAAUGAAACAGAACGGAUCCAAAGUUGCGCAGAUAUACGCACCAACGGGAGAGAAAGACACUUUUGAUUCGCUUCUUCAAAGAUGUAUAAGAACGGCCAUUGUUUUACGGAAAAAAGGAAUAAAAAAAGGAGACAUAGUCACAGGAUGCUCAGAUAACCAUCUGGACGCAUGCGUUCCGAUAAUUGCUUCUCACAUGAUCGGAGCCAUUCCUUGUUCUCUGGAUCCAACUUUAUCUAACAUUGAACUUGAGAAAUUAAUUUCGGAUGUAAAGCCGAAAAUUAUUUUUACAGUACAAAGUACUUUGAAAGAAAUCAGAUAUUUUACGAAAAAAUUGGAAUUGAAAACGGAAAUAGUAGUUUUCGGUCCUACGGAGGAAUUCACAGCAUUCUCUGAGUUUAUAGAACCGCAAGAAGAAGAGCAUGAGUUCGAACCUAUAUUUAUCAAAGAUCCCAUGGAAACCGCCGCUAUAUAUUUCAGUAGCGGUACUUCCGGCUUCCCUAAAGGUAUAUGUUUGAAUCAUUAUUACUAUUUUCAUCAUUCGCCGCUAGUUCCGCCAGCUCAAAAUAACGAUGUGGAUAAACUGAGACAAAUAUAUGAAAUGAACAUAAAAAAAUCUGGUACUAGUUUCUUAACAUAUGGGUCUCUAUAUUGGAAUUCUUCUGGUGCAGGAUUAUUUUUGUCUGCUAUUACUGGAGUUACUAGACUUUUGUGCAGCACUUUCGACGCUAAGGAAUUUUGGUACUUGGUUGACAAAUAUAGAGUCUCGGGGGUAUUCUUAACCCCUUUUCAAGUAACAGAACUGGUGAAAUGCGGUAAACCCGAAGACGCUAGCUGUGAUACAUUAGUCAGAAUCUCAACAGGAGGUGCGGCUUUAUCCAAAAAAUAUAUUUUCGCUUUGCAGGAAAUUCUUCCGGAAACCGAUAUAGUACCGACGUACGGACAAACGGAAAUAGGUGUUCUAACUAGUUUUCAACUUCAUAAUAAAACUCAAAGAGAAUUGUAUAAAAGCAAUCCCGAUAUUGUUGGAUUGCCGAUGAGAGGAAUUUGGUACAAAGUGGUAGAUCCGGAAACUGAAGAAAUUCUUGGUCCAAAUCAACCGGGAGAACUACGAGUUAAAGCAAAAACCGUCAUGAACGGUUACUACAAUAGAGAUUUUUCAAAUAGAUACGACAAAGAUAAUUGGUUCCGAACUGGUGACGUUGUAAUGUAUGAUGAAAACUGCUAUUUCUACGUAGUAGAUCGACUGAAAGAAAUGUUGAAAUAUAGAGGGUGGCAUAUUCCGCCGGCCAUUUUGGAGCUGGAAUUAUCACAUCUUCCUGCAGUACGACAAUCAGUAGUAAUAGGAAGGAAGCAUGAAGAAGAUGGAGACCACCCUAUGGCACUAAUAGUUCUAGAAGAAAGCUACAAAGGUAAAAUAACUGAAGAAGAAAUUGAAAAAUACAUCGAGAGUAGGGUGCAAGAUAAGCAGAGGCUGAGAGGAGGGAUUAUGUUUAUCGACAGUAUACCUUUAACUCCAUCUGGCAAGGUGAAAAGAAAAGAACUUAAAGUACUCGCGAACGAACAUCACUGUUGGAAAUAUGCUAAAAGACCAUCGAUCUCGUAAAAUAUGAAUUACUCAGCAAACCAUAUUAAAACGAUAAAAGUCACGGAGAAUUUAUAUAGUUUUGGAGCUGAUAACGAGUAUUUUACACUAUAUUUUAUGAUAUAUCAUUUUCUAUUUAUUUAUUUUAAAUGGACGAUAUGAUAUUUUUCUUAUUACACGAAACAAUCCAACGAAAAUAAUGACAGUAUAAUAAAAUGUUCAAAGUUAAAAAGAAUAUCAAAUCAAAAAACAAGAACGAGAAUAAUUGUUUGUUUGAAUUUGAACUUUACAAUUUAUUCAUUCAAAUGACAAUUGAAGAAAGAAUUUCUAACAUACCAUUCGAUUUGUUACGUUUUUCUUCAAAUAUUUUGAAUAUUCCUUUGUUCACGUAUCGUGGCACAGUAGUCACUUCUAUUUCAAUCAUUCUGACAUUCGAAUUUUUGAAGAAAUUAAUUUGUUAUCGACCUCCCACUUCAUUUCUUGCCUUGUUGUAUUCUCAAUGCUUUUUUAUCUUUCUUUAUGUAUGUUUGUAUAAACAGACAUAUUUUUAGUCAAAUAAGAAAUUGUAUUAGUUUACAUUAAGACACCAAUCGCGAGGCUGUUCUAGUAUAGUUAAAGGUCAUGAAUUCAUGAAAGGUGAUUUCAUGAAUUAUGUAAAUAGUUUCCUUUCGUAUCUUAUCGUUAAGAUGUUUAACAUUUCAAUUUUCAACCGUAUAUUUUAUGGAAGUGUUAAACAUUUCAUAUCUUGGUUAAGUUUACCGGUCCAACUUAGUAUUGGAUUUACGAGAUUAACAUUUAUAUUAUUAUAUCGAUAAUAACAAAGUUGUAGCAAAAAAAGCAGCUCUUGUUAACAUAUAUGUUUUUUUCUUCUUAAUCUUCCCAUUCAGAUUCUUCAAUUCUUGUUAUUUUGGCUUCUUCGUAGACUGGUAAGUUUACUAAAUAAAUCAGAAGUGGCUACUGGGCCACAAUACGUGAACAAAGGAACGUUUGAAGUCAAAAGUAACAAGCCGAAUGACGUGUUACAAAUUUAUUCAUUAAAAUUGAAAUUUCUGCAAUAAAACAACGAUUUUUCUGUAGUACCUACUUAGUAAAUUUGUAUCUUAUAUUACACAAUAGGAAUAUAGUCAAUUAAUGUGGUGCAAAUAUGAUUUCUCAUGAAAAAAAAAUUAGUGAGUAAAAUUGUUCCAGUUAUAACUACAUAAAAUAUUAUUUUGUUGAAAGAUUAGGUGUGAAAAAGACUUGAUGAUUUAAUUUUUAUUUCGUCAAAUCAACUUGUAAACGUACUCAAUCUAAAGUAAUAUUGUUUGAUAGAAAACAACUAUGUGCCUGAUUUUAGUAAACUUCCUUAUUUUGACAAAUGAAAAAAAUAAUAAUAAGUUGAAACCUAUUUGUUGUCGCUUCUUCAUGUUAAACUAAUCCGUAGACAUGUGAAUAACGCCGAUUUUAACUUUUAUAAAAUCGUAGCGAUUAUUUUUAAGACGUCGCAAAGUCCUUACCUUGCAAAAUCUGUAAUAACGUUACAUGCCACACCCAGAGGUAGUAUGAUUUUAAUGGAUCAAAAUUUAUUGAUGCUAUUAGCAUAGUGAAAUUUUCGAGCACCUCUUUUAAAUAGUUGUUUCGAUAAUUUGAAUUUAACGAUUUUUUAAGUCAUGACUUUUUGUAAUGAAAUUUGAGUAAGCAACUUCAAUGUAAUAUCUUUUCGUUAGAAAAUUGAUCUUGUAAAUUAUUGUAAAGCAUUUUAAUAACGCAAACAACAUAGAUUCAAAAUUAUAUAUAUAUAAUUAUAAAAAAAUUUCCUCAUUCCACUUCCUUUGGAGAUAUUAUUUUCUACGAUGUAAGUUUGUUCUCCUGAAAUUUUGUAAAUUUUGCGAAUUUGGUAGUUUUCAAAAAUUUCUAUUAAUUAGAAACGUUUACCAUAUUCAUUAUUAAUUCACUUGGAUAAAAUAAAAAAUUGAUUUUAAAUGCAAUACUUUGAGAAUAAAAACAAUAGAGAUCUUGUAUGUUUUUUCUUAUCUGAUUCUAUUGAUUCUAGGAAAAAACAUCACUAAGAUCAUUAAGAUUAAAAAAUGUUUCUGAAAAAAUAAGUACUUAUAUUUCAUAAUAAGUAAAUCUCGAAAUAUAUAUUUUUCUGCUAAUUUCACUACGUAUUUCAAAACAUAUUAUAAUCAUUGCUUUUGCACGAAAUAUACAAAAUUAUCAGUAUCAUUAAUUUGAGAAAAAGCAAAUCCCAAUUCCGAUAAUUACCCUGUAGUGGGAAUACUCUUAAUAUUAUAUUUUUUUAAUUAUAUAUUGAAAGUAAAACAAAAGGGUCCCGUAAUAAUUACAAUUCACCCUUUUUGUUAUUAAUUCCUACUUAAAUGAAGUUAAUUUAAAAAUUUGAUCUAUACAAACAUCCAUGAUAAAGGUAACCUCGUUUAGAUAAAAUUAAUUACAUAGGAAUUUGAUAAAAUAAACUAAAAUACUCGUUAAAAUAAGCUCUAAAUUUAAUACUUAAUAUGUUUCAAAGGAUAAACGAAAUCAUCUGAUGUACUUAAGAUCUAGUCGGAUUUAUUAACGCAAUUAGCAGUACCUACAUCAAUUCGAUAUAGCUAUGGGGCCAUCCAUAAAUUAUGUCGCAUGUUAAGGGGGUCGGAGGGGGGUCUGCGAAUUUUAACAUUGACAAAGGGGUGGAAACGGUCCUAAAUUUCUCAACGUCACGUUUCAAAAUCUAUUAGAAACUAAAUCUUCAAACUAUUACUUUACGAAAACCUCAACAACAUAUUCAACAAAAUUGAAUAAAAAAAUUAAUUUAGGUAUUCUUUAUUGUAAAUUAUAUUUUGCAUCAUACAAAGUUAAUAAUCAACAUAAGAGGCAACAAGGAGUUUUACCUAUCGUCCUUAAAGAAUUGCUGCCGGACGUGCCAGAAAACUUUGAGUGGAUGAUGACGAUGAUGCCGAUAUUAACAAUUCAAACGAUAACGAAAUGGCUGCCAUACCAGUUAUAAAUAAUACAUAAGACUGAAGAUUUGAUGUUAAUUUGAUUGAACAAUAAUUUAUAAUGGAAAUAAAAGUGAUUUCGGAACCGCUGUUUCCAUUCAAUAAUUUUUAAAUGUAAUUUUCAAAAUAUGUGACGCCACACCAAGGGAGUCUCAAAAAUGUGACCAGGACGAAGGUAGGGGCAAAAAAUCAUGAAAUUCGUGUGACGUAAUUUAUGGAUGACUCUAAUAAAAUUUAAUAUUAAUAAUUUGUUCCACUUGGACACGGCUAAUGACGUCGUUAAUAAAAAGAAAGAACGAAAAUUUGUUAUAUAAGUUUUUUGGUAAAACAUAAAAAUUGAACAAUGUGAAUAUUAUCCGGUUAAUAUAGAAAUUAACAGAAAUGUAACGUUAAGGUUAUAUUUAAACCAAAUUGCUGACUCACCUCUAGUUUUUUUGUCAAAUUAGAAAAAAAAAUAAACAUGACAAUCGCCCAUGACAAGUUUCAAUAAAUAAUAUCGCGCCUUUUUUUCUAAAUAAAAUUUGCAAAUUUUAUAUCUUUAUUUAGCUCCAGCUGAAUGUCCAUUAUACAGUAUGUUCAUAAAAUAACUUCAUUUAUUCUAUAAUUAUUGAAAAUCGUAAUUUGAGUUAGUAAUUAGAUAUUCAAAUUGUCAUUCUUCUUUUAUUUAAGAGUAUCCAAGUCUAUUAUACUAUUCCAUAUUAUGAAAUUAACCAACUAAAAAUGUUAUUUUGAUCUUGACCGGGUAAUAUUUAGUUUAACUUGUUUUAACCUAAUCUGUAGCAUAAACAUAUUUAUUAACUUUCGUAUUCGUAUUAUUAUAAAUAAAAUAUUCAAAUCACCA